CUGAAUUCAGUUGCUCUUGUGCCAUGUGGAUACACAGCACACAACACAACACACACACACACACUCACUCACUCACUCACUCACUCAACAUGUCCAACACGCCUUACAGCAGUACGUUGAUUGCUGGCACAUGUGCCGUCGCAACCCGGUGGUUGCAACGGUCGAUAACGGCGGCGGCCGGCUGAACAUGGCCCACAAGGGCGUGGCGCCUACACGGCAAGGGCUCCGCCGGUCCCAGCGCGUCGCAGCGCAAAGGGCCCCGGGCCACUACCGAGAGGUCGCCAACCCGCGCGCUCUUACCAGACGCGCGAGUACACCUAGCCGUGGCCUUCCACAGGGCUCAACCCGCGCAGACGACCGAGGACCCGAGCACAACGACAACGGCAACGACGACGUUGACGACGACGACGACUAUGCUGUCGCGGCAGAGGCAAACAGAGAGGAGCCGCUGUGCACCUCCAGCCCCGCCCGGCACGAAGGGAGUGACGACCACCUCCAGCCCGUCGAUGACGGACGGUCGACACACUCCCAACAUUCCAGCACAGCCAUGAGCGACACGCUCGACGCGCUCAACGUAACCGACACGCUCGACGCGCUCGACGUAAGUGACACGUUCGACGCGCUCGACGACAGCGAGUUGGUUUCGUCGGGCGAGUUGGUGGACGCCCUCCAAAGCGUCUACGGCCCCGAACCACCCUCCGACACAGAGGCGACUGACGCUCAUGGCCCUAAUGCGCUCACGCCCGCGCAAAGCGGGCACCAAGGAGGCCCAGCCUCACACCAACAUGGAGACCACGCCACAGCGCGUGCGCCUCCCCACGGGGCCGCCGAGGCCCAGCACCAACAGCCGACGGCGGCGAACACCACCGCAGCAUUGUCCACGGCCGCGUCCGCUGCACACGAGCCAGCCCAGGCUGCUACUCCCGAACCCCGGACCCCUGCGGAUCCUGGUGGUGAGGAGCAGAGCAUCCCGGACACACCGCUAGCGGACGUGUUCGACCUUAUGCAAUGCUGCGACGACGCCAACUGCUGGGUGAAGGACCACACCCCGUAUGCCCACGACGGAUCGUUCGCAGGGCCCUUGCCGAAGCUCCCCUGCCCCUUCGGCAACUGCAGCGUGCACUCGCACAACGCGGCAGAUGGCCACAAGAACCUCACCGCGCUCGCCACUCACAUACCCCUCGGGCUCGGCUUCUGCACGAAGUGCGCGUACGUGUGCUCUCCGCGGCACAAGUGCAAGCACGCGGAGGCAGUUCCGGAGGACCCGCCCGAAACCCACUACAAGCCGGAGUCGUGGUGGAACGCCAAGUUCGCUACUUUCGAGCAAGAUCUGGUGUCCAGGGUGGCCAACGUGGACGUGUAUCACGGCGUCAAGACGGCCGUCGACGUCAGAGUUCGCUCCCCGACAGAACGACGCGCAGUCCUGAUUGCGGACUCCCUGAUCGGACAGGCGUGUGCCCUCGCGGACGACCCCGACAACGACGACCAGUACACCUACCUUGACGCCGGCGUCUACCUCCUCCAACGCGUUUUCGCCCGCACGCCCCAGCACUUCCUCUCCCAGAACACGACGCUGGCACGAAUGCGGAUGCUAGCCGCACGGGAGUGGGACGAGCUGGAGGAGAGUGUGACGCGGAAGCCCAGCGGACGCCCGGCCACAGGAGACCGGGCGAAAGCACGGGCGGCGGCGAAGCGGUUUCGAGCUGGGCAAAUGUCCAAAGGCCACUCGAUCCUCCGCGACACCGCCUCCGUCGCGGAGUGGAGCGACGACAUCAAGGAGCAGGUGAAGCAGAAGAUCAUCACGACAGGCAGCGCAGGCCUGCCCAGCAGGGGCGACGACAACAGCGGCGGCGACGCUGGCGGCGACGGGCCACUCGCCAGAACCACCAUCGACGAUCUCCCGGCAGAAAAGAUCACGGAUGCGCUGUACACGCUGGACAGGCAGGCGGCGGCGGGCGCCACCGGGCUCACGCCCGCGACCCUGGCGCAGCUGCACGAGCACGGAGCAUCCCUGCCGAAGCUGGUCAACGCGCUGUAUCAUGGCAAGUUUCGGAAGCGCAUGCCACUCCUCAUGGGUGGACGCGUGGUGCCGCUGACGAAGAGCAAUGGCGGCAUCCGACCUGUGGUCCCCAUGGACAGCAUCGCCAAGCUCCUGGAGAAGACGGUCUUCAGCGCGCACAAGGCCGAGAUCGCCGACGCCCUAUGCCCGCACCAACUCGGCGUCGGCAUCCCCGCCGGCACAGAGUGCAUCGUGCAUGGCCUGCGUGAGUACCUGCGGGCCCACCGGGACCACGUGGCGCAGGCGCUCGACAUCUCCAACGCCUUUGGGGCGGUGACGCGACGCUCAAUCUACGACGCCAUCAGCCGCCGCUUCCCGAGCCUCGCACAUUGCUUCCUGGCGACGUACGGCCAGGCACCGGUCGUCGUCACACCGGGUGGCGACACCCUCCACAUGCGCGAUGGCAUCGCGCAGGGCGGUCCGCUCUCACCGGCGUAUUUUGCCCUUGCCACGAUCCACGCGCUGAAGGAAACCGACAAGGCCCACCCCACGGUCACCGUCGUCGCGUACCUCGAUGACACCUACAUCGUUGGCCCGCGCGAUGACGUCAAGGCGGCCGCGGAGCGGCUCGACACGGAGAUCCGCCGGACGGGGCUGAAGAUCAAUGAAGACAAGACGGUCGUCAUCCCCUACGGCGACCAGACCGCGAAAGUGCUGGGCGUCCCCCUCUUCGGGCCAUACGAGGCAUCCCACCUCGACGAGACACGGAGGGCUCUCGACCUGGCGAGCGCCCACUUGCCGGCGCAACUGGUCUUCCAGUUCCUUCGGUACUGCAUCACGACCAAUUCCGGCUACUUCAUGCGCACGACCCGUCGGUCGAAGGAGUACUGCGAAGCGCUCGACGACAUUAUCGCGGAGCAGCUUCGGCGCAUGAUGGGCGCCUUCAAGCCCCUGUCAUCGCGGGCCCUGACGCGGGCACGACGACCCAUCAAACAAGGAGGCCUUGGGCUACGGAGGCAGACAAGCGUCGCCCCCGCCGCCUUCCUCGGCUCCGUCUGCAGCUUCAGCAAGAGCCCCCACCACCCUUUCCAAGCAUACACCACGCCGGGCGCCGAGUUGGAGGCGGAGAUAGCACAAGCCAUCGCGGAUCUGCACCUCGGCGACGACGGCCCCCGCGACACGAGGGACGUUCUAAACCACGACGCUCGCAGCUUGCAGCAGUUCCUGACCCAGAUCAUGGACAGGAAGACGGGCUGGGACGAGAACCCACGCAACCGAGCCAUUCAACGAGGAGCCAGCCUGCACGGCGGCUACGAGUGGCUCCUGGCCCUGCCCAGCUGCAAGGACCUGCGGAUGUCGGACAAGGUGUUUCGGUUUGCUCUGAGCCAGCGGAUUCGGACACCUUGCUCCGAGUCGCGUGCAUCAGGCAGCUGCUACUGCUGCGGGCGCGAGAUGAAGCUGGACCACGCCGAAGUCUGCGACUCCACGAAGACGGGCCGGCACGACUACAUGCAGAACGCCAUCUCCCGGGCCUUCAUGCAGCUCAACCGCCGCGCGACACAAGAGCCCUCCGGCUUCCCAGGCGCAGGCGGCAAGCGCGGUGACAUCCUCAGCUUCGACAAGUCUGGCGAUUACACCGUGUUUGACCUCGUGUUCGCCGCCCCCGCGGCCAGCUCGUACCAACCACAGGCCGCCAAAGUCAACCUCUACGCGGCGUCGCAGGCGGAACAACGCAAGAUCAAGAAGUACCAGGCCAUCCUACGCGAUCAGGGCGACUUCAAAUUUGUGCCGAUUGCGAUCGAGGCUGGCUCGGGCGCCUGGGGCUCGAAGUUCCGGAAGUUCUUCAGCAGCGACCUUAUGUCCACGACGGACCCACAAACACCACCACACGUGCGCACCUUUACCUCCAUGCACAGCAGCACGUACUGGCGGCAAGUGUUGUCCAUCGCGAGAUGCAAGGCUGAGUGCUACGCGAACCUCCGGUGCAUCGGCCAGAUGCCUCACGACAAGCGGGGCAAAAAUCAGCCGGGCUCGGUCCGGGCGGGAGACACACACACUCCCCGCCAGAGCACCCAGACGGUACAACGAGCGCGCGCUCAAGCCCAGCGCAACCACCAACAGGGCAAGCGCACCCGCAAGCGCAAGCAUCCGCAGACCACACCCCCCGGCCACAACGGCCAGCGCAGCAAUGACAGCAACAACGGCACUGCUGCCACCGCCGCUGCCACCGCCACCACCGACAACGAUGAGGGACAGCCACGCAGCGCCCCCGCGACCUCACGAAGCCCCGGUGGCCCGGCCGCAACAGAGCCCCCUGCGACUGUCUAAGCGACAGUCGCAGCACUACACAUGAGCCUCGCACCGAGGCACUUGGUUUCUAUCUAUCUAUUGAUUCACUUUUCUUUCUGUCUAUGAGGCGCGUGCUCUCACACACAUUCGCCCAUGCACACCGCUGCCCCUUGUUUUGCCGCAAUUGCUUUCCCCAUCUCUGAGCGCUGGGAGCAGUGUAAGAUUUCAGCGAGUUUUCCCCAAUAAACCAAUCGAAUACAAACA